AACAACAACAAUCAGGCGAGCAGCAACGUUUCACACGCAGCUACACCUUUAAACCAAGGAACUGGUUUAAACUCGUCCUCUUCGGCUCCACCACAUUCACGCAACUCAGAUUUUCCUCAGCCUCGCCGUGUCUUCAUCAUGACCGAUCCCGCCGCAGAAUGCAACAUCAAGGUGCUGUGUCGCUUUCGCCCUCUGAAUCAAGCCGAGAUCAUCCGGGGGGAUAAAUUUCUCCCCACCUUUCAAGGGGACGACACCGUCGUCGUCGGGGGGAAGUCUUUCGCAUUUGAUCGGGUGUUUCCCACCAACACCACCCAGGAGCAAGUCUACAACACCUGUGCCAAGCAGAUAGUAAAAGAUGUGCUGGGAGGCUACAAUGGCACCAUCUUUGCUUAUGGACAGACUUCCUCUGGAAAGACCCACACCAUGGAGGGCAACCUGCAUGACCCUCAGCAGAUGGGAAUCAUUCCCCGCAUUGCUGAAGAUAUUUUCAACCAUAUCUUCUCUAUGGAUGAAAAUCUGGAGUUCCACAUCAAGGUUUCUUACUUUGAAAUCUACAUGGAGAAGAUUCGGGAUCUUCUGGAUGUUACCAAGACCAACCUUUCUGUGCAUGAGGACAAGAAUCGUGUCCCCUUUGUUAAGGGUUGUACCGAGCGCUUUGUCUCCAGUCCAGAGGAAGUGAUGGAUGUUAUUGAUGAAGGAAAAUCCAACCGCCAUGUUGCUGUGACCAACAUGAAUGAGCAUAGCUCUCGCAGCCACAGCAUCUUUCUGAUAAACAUCAAGCAGGAAAAUGUGGAAACAGAGCAGAAACUGAGUGGAAAACUCUACCUGGUGGACCUGGCUGGCAGUGAGAAGGUCAGUAAGACCGGUGCAGCUGGCGCUGUGCUGGAUGAGGCUAAAAACAUCAACAAGUCUCUGUCGUCCCUGGGCAACGUCAUCUCUGCUCUCGCUGAAGGAACGAAGACCCAUGUACCAUAUCGUGACAGCAAGAUGACCCGAAUCCUGCAGGACUCUCUGGGAGGGAACUGCAGAACCACCAUGUUCAUCUGUUGCUCUCCCUCUAGCUUCAACGAAGCUGAGACCAGAUCUACUCUCAUGUUUGGACAACGUGCUAAGACAAUCAAGAACACGGCUUCUAUCAACCUGGAACUGACAGCGGAGCAAUGGAAGAGGAAGUAUGAGAAGGAGAAGGAGAAGAACAAGACUCUGAGAGAGACUAUUCAGAGGCUGGAGGCUGAGCUGAAACGCUGGCGAAAUGGAGAGGAAGUGCCGGAGACGGAGCAGGCCUGCGCUGACGUGACGAAACUUGAGAGCAGUGAUGAGCCAUCUCUGGAUAAUGAGAGAGAGAUGGAGAGACAGAAAGAGAGAGAGAGAGAGAGGGACUCGGAUUCCUCCUCCAUUGUUGUGCGCAUCUCUGAAGAGGAGCGGCAGAAGUAUGAGGAAGAGAUCCGCAAGCUUUACCGCCAGCUGGAUGACAAGGAUGAUGAAAUCAAUCUGCAGUGUCAGCUGGUUGAGAAGCUGAAGCAGCAAAUGUUGGCUCAGGAUGAGCUGCUGGCAUCUACACGUGGUGACAGUGACAAGGUCCAGACAGAGCUGGGUCGGCUGCAGUCUGAGAGUGAGAGUGCGAAAGCUGAGGUCAGGGAGGUGCUGCAGGCUCUGGAGGAACUGGCUGUCAACUAUGACCAGAAGAGCCAGGAGGUGGAGGAGAAGAGCCUGCACAACAAGCAGCUUGCCGAGCAGCUCAGCCAAAAAAUGGCCAGUCUAAUGGAACUGGAGGCUGAGCUGGCUCAGAUGCAAGAAGUGAGCUCUCAGCAGAGGAAGCGUAUCGCCGAUGUGCUAAAUGGACUUAUGCGUGACCUGAGCGAGUUCAGCAACAUUGUGGGCAACGGAGAAAUCAAACUGCCGGUGGAGAUCAGCGGAGCUAUAGAGGAGGAGUUCACUGUGGCCAGGCUGUACAUCAGCAAGAUUAAAUCAGAGGUGAAGUCGAUGGUGAAGCGGUGCAGGCAGCUGGAGUGCAUGCAGCUGGAAUGCCAUCGCAAGAUGGAGGAGACCAGCCGAGAACUCUCCUCCUGCCAGCUGCUCAUCUCACAGCAUGAGGCAAAGAUCCGGUCUCUUACUGAGUACAUGCAGAAUGUGGAGCAGAAGAAGAGACAGCUGGAGGAUAGCUAUGAUGCUCUGAGUGAGGAGCUGUCUCUGUUGCAGAAUCCAAGCAGCACAGCAGAGCAGCAAGAUGGAGGAGAAAAGCCAGAAACAGAGGAGAAUGAUGGAAAGAAGGCUCUGCGUCGUCCUGCAGCCCAUCGCGAACCUCGCCAGACUCAGCUCAGCCGUCUGAGGGAUGAGAUCAAUGAGAAACAACGCCUCAUCGACGAGCUCACUGAUAAGAACCAGGCUCUGGAGCUAGAGCUGGCCCACGUGCGAUCUGACUUCAGCAACCUGAAGAUGCAGGAGGACACGAAGAGUGCUCGUUUGGAACAGCUGUCAUUCCAGCAGGAGAGGCACGAGCAGUCUAAACAGGAUCUCAAGGGCCUGGAGGAGACUGUUGCCCGCGAACUCCAGACCCUCCACAACCUGCGCAAGCUGUUCGUUCAAGACCUCACGACUCGAGUUAAAAAAAGUUCAGAAAUUGGACCUGAUGAUAGUGGGGGGUCUAACACCCAGAAACAGAAGAUUUCCUUUCUUGAGAACAACCUGGACCAGCUUACAAAGGUUCACAAACAGCUGGUACGUGAUAAUGCAGAUCUUCGCUGUGAGCUUCCGAAGCUGGAGAAGCGUCUUCGCUCUACGGCUGAGCGUGUUCGGGCGCUGGAGGCAGCACUGAAGGACGCUAAACAGGGCGCCAUGAAUGACCGGCGCCGUUACCAGCAGGAGGUGGAGCGCAUCCGGGACGCCAUGCGCUUGCGCAGUUCACUGCGCCGCCCACACACAGCUCAGAUUGCAAAGCCAGUAAGGGCUGGUCACUAUGCGGCUGUCACGUCCCCCACCACUUCUGUGUCCGUGCGAGCCAGUGACCCUGUCACGUCCUUCAGUAACAUUCUCUUCCAGAGAGAGGAAAAGCCUGUUCACCAGAAAACCAACACAGUUGGCUACAGCACUGUGAGAUCCAUAGACAUUCUGAGCUCCUACCCACUGGAUGUUGAAAACGGAAACAGCACAGACAUUAAUGACAACAGGAACGAUGUACACUGUGGAAGUAUGGUGGAGGAUCCAUCCAGACACUACAUCAUGCAGCCAGAGACUGCAGCCAGUUAAUCAUCUUAUACAGAUUCCGAUUUUCUGCAUGCUGUCCGCUUCCUUCGCCUAUUCAGAACUUGCAGAACUCCACUUCCCAGACCUCCUUGCUCUGUCCUGUCUGAUACUGUAUAUUACUCAGUGGUUCCUCUCCAUGUCAGAGCCUACUGUUUCCAGCCUUCUCUCUUGUAGUCCUGUCUUGUAUAUUUCACAGCACUUCUGCAUGUCUGUCCUGUAUAGUUUAAAAAGAAACAGAGCAUAAUUUAUAUAUUUAGACACACAUAUACAUGCAAACACUUUGGGUGCGAUUUACCAAAGCAUCAGUACAUGUAAUAGAAUAUGAGAAACGUGCAAAAAUGUUAACGUGUACUUAAGCCUUUGGUAAAUCUGAACCACAGACACAAAACCGCUGCAGCCACUGGAGAAUCUUCUAGACUCUGCCCCUGUAGUCUUUUGCUGAGCCUUAAAAUAGCUGCCGUCCACACCUACCGCCAUCAUGCAAAUCUGCGUGUGCUCAUGUGCACGCCUCUAUAUUAUUGAUAUAAAGCUGCAGGCGCGAAUGUGUUGAUGUGUACAUUUUGAUACACAUGCUGUAUCCAUGUACUGACUACCUCCAGAUACUCUAACAUCAUUGUAAAUGCUACUAAAAUGCCAUCUAAUUAAGUUCAAUCAUAUCUGGAUCAAUAUGGAUCCUGCAUCACUAUAUUAAAAAUGGCAUCAGCAGAAAGAGUUUUUGGCUUAUCUAAAUGGACUGAAGUUGGGUUUCACUGUAGAAGAAAAAAUUGCUGGUUAUUGGUUCUGACCACUGAUUUGAGUCAUGUUGCUCAUCACUCAGCCACCAAUCGCUAAUGAAUGAGGGGUUCUCUUUCUCUGGGGACAUCCUGAUCAGCCAGUCAGGACAGGAGAAAGAACUACCCAUCACCGUCACAUGUAAGUGUGUUUUGCUGUGUGUUUGCUCCAGCACUUUCAAACACAUGGUCUGCUAACCAUGUGUGUGUGCAUGCAUGCAGCUUGAGAGCGGAGUGUCUGCUGACCAUGUAAUCCAUAUAAUUGUUGGUUCAGUCUGCCUAGAGGGUUCCUGGAGAUUCUUAAGCUGUUUAGAGAUGUGUGUCUGUUAUGCCUGUUGUCUUCCAGUCCAUCACACCAUCCCUAACCCCCCCCUCUUUUCCCUCUACACCCUCUCUUGUUGUUCUUGAAUAUCAGUUUGAUCUGUGUAUACUCUCACUUAUAUCCAUAUUUUAUCAGAAGAAAGAUAUGAAUGAGUGAGGAGCGUUGGUUUUACAUCCCUUAAAGGAUAUUAUAUAAGUAAUGAGUAUGUUGCAAUUAGUAUUAGUAAUCUGAGUAGAAGCUUCUCCUAAGUGCUGAUCCAGGAAUAGUUGUUCUUACCUGCAUUUCUACUGCAACCAUCCACUUCUACAGAACUACUCCUUAUUAGUGAGUGAGUGACUGAGACUUGAGAGUGUUGACACAACUGCUGAAGUAUGUUACCCCAUGUUUUACGUUCUGCUCCAGGCGUGUACAUCGAUGUAGUUUAUGUAGUUUGUUGGUUACCAAUUGCAAGAGAUAAAUGUCCAUUAAAGACAAUGACAAGUA